UCUCCCGGACGGCUCUCGCGGUGUCCGUCAUGUCGCUGCUGCUCGGCGGGCUCCUCGCGCUGUGUCUGACCGGACUGCUGCUGCUUCUCCGGGUCUACGCGGUGGUGAGGACCGGGACCAAGCGGCGGCCCGGAGCCGGAGGGGCGGUGUCGGUCCUGGUGGUGGCGGGGUCAGGAGGACACACCACGGAGAUCCUGCGGCUGGUGGACAGCCUGUCUGCUGCAUACACACCUCGACACUACGUCCUGGCCGACAGCGACCGCAUGAGCCAGGAGAAGAUCUGGUCCCUGGAGCGCUCCAGACAGCAGGCGGCGUCCAGCGCACAGGUCCACAUCCACAGGAUCCCUCGCAGCAGAGAGGUGCUGCAGUCCUGGACCUCGUCCGUCCUCAGCACCGUCCACGCCCUGAGGUUCUCCCUGCCGCUCGUCUUCAGACUGAGGCCUGACAUGGUGCUGUGUAACGGGCCCGGGACCUGCGUUCCGGUCUGCGUGGCCGGGCUCCUGCUGGGGGUCCUGGGACUGAAGAAGGUCCUGAUCGUGUACGUGGAGAGUGUGUGCCGGGUGCAGACGCUGUCCCUCACAGGGAAGAUCCUCUACCCCGUCUCGGACUACUUCUUUGUGCAGUGGUCGUCUCUGAGGGACAGGUACCCCGGAUCCAUCUUCCUGGGAAGGAUCGUCUGAGGGGGGCUGGACGUAGACCAGGGACCAGGCUGUGUCCUCCCUCAGUCUUCCUGCAGCAGCUGGAGAACCGGAGCGUCGGUCUGCGGACCGCUCACUGCUCAAUAAAGCGUUUUGUUGAAUCACAGCGUGUCUGACUGUACUGCGCAGGACUGUACUGUAUCGGCAGGGUUUGCUGUUUCAUCAGAACCCUGAGAAGACUAGAGAAGUCUCAGACCUGUCUCCACAUGGAUCCCUCAGCCUCCAGCAGCCGGAUGGACUUUGACUGGUCCUCCUGCCGGGUCCUGGAGCGUC